GUCAGUGUGACUGUAGACCAGUGUUCUCUAGUGACUGAGGACUGAUAGGUUGAGAGAGUGCCCGGGCCCGAUGUGCUGUGAUCCGCGGCUUCGCAGACGGGGGGGUUGGGUGGCUGUGCGGAUUGGUUGCUCAGCUCUGCUCGCCAACACAGCCAGUCCGUCUAGCACGGUUUGUUUUAACAUAACUGGAGGGGCAUUUCGACAGCCCGCAAAACAACCAUGUAGUAAAAAUGAUAUUGUAAUUGCUAGGGACUAAGGUGGUGUACGCUACACUGACUUUUUAUGCACUAAAAUGGAAGGUUACAUUUUUCUUUGGUCUAUUGGUGACUGUUUUGGAAAGGCCGCCGCUGGUGAGAUAGGACAGGAGGUGAAGGGGAGAGAAUGAGAGCUGUUGGUCUUUCUUGGCCUAGUGCUGCUGCUACUGCUGGGAUUGUGCAGAUCCGCUUUCACAAAUCGAAAAAAACACACGCUUCAUGCCCCAAUCUGAAAGACCCGCAGUUGGUGUUAUUGUGACCGACCUCCAAAUGGAAGGAGCCAUGACAACAUGAAUUCUUCAUACAGACGGGCUGUUCGGGGCGGCUCAGCUUCAGCCACAUCUUAUAGCUCAGGCCAGCCAGAGCUGAGGCCCCCCAAUCGCCUCUCAGUUUCCACCACUUCGUAUAGAAACCAGUGCAACAGCAGCGCCAAGCGUGGCUCAACAGACCAACCUUCGACGGCCAUGCAACUGUCAACCUCUGCCCUCAAACAGGCACCUAGCUACGGGUAUAACCAAGCAGAGAGGGAGAGGCCCCACUGCUACAGUCCUCUGCUGAGGCUCCAGGACCUCUCCACUAUGGUACACAGACCUGGGUCUGAUCUGGGACCCGGGACCCAGCCCAAGGACCUCCAUGCCAGGAACCAUUUGCACUCUCACAGCCCAGUGGGAGGCUCUAGUUUUGGGGCUCCCCUGGCCCGACUGCCCCCCUCUACUGGUAACGAAGAGACAGAACCCUGCGAGGAUUCCAUACAGGAUCAGAACGGUUUCUCUCCUGUUAGUUCUGAUAGUUUGGAGCGCUGCUCCUCCAUCCCCAAUGGAUACCUGCAUUUCGAGUCCACCUUGUUUGACAGUGGGGACAGGGAGGAUGAGGAGGAUGAUUUGGUACCUUUUCAACAACACUCUUCUAAGUCCCCCAGAGACAGAACAGUCACAGACUCUAACACCACCUCUGGUUCAGGGGUAGGCCAUAACAGCACAUACAAACCCUCUGUUCUCAACCUGAUGUCUAAGAGUCUGUCUGAACUGGACCCUACUCUGAGCCCCAGUGCCCUGCCUGACAUGUCCAUGGGGGAUGGCUGGAGUAUGGACCAGGACUCGGACAGUGACAGUGACAGUGCGAUGACAGGAGACACACAUGACAAUGGUCUCAUCUCACCUGUUGGAACCAAUUCUAAUUCCAACAGCCCAAAGAAGAAGCCCCUCCCAGCAGUGCAGUACUUGGAGGGAGAUCUGGUCUGGGCCAAGUUCAACCGCCGCCCCUGGUGGCCCUGUAGAGUUACCAUAGAUCCUCUGGGGAUACACACACGCAUGAAAGUCCCCAGUCGUCGUCCUUGUCGUAUGUAUUACGUGGAGACUGUGUCGGAGAUGGCAGACCAUGCCUGGGUACCUGGGAAAGUUACCUACCCCUUCACAGGAGGAGAGCAGUUCACAGAUCUGCCUGUGCUGAGACGGAGAGGGAAACAGAGGGAAAAGGACUACAGAUACACAAUACCCAAGCGUCUGUUGGAGUCGUGGAAAGUCAGUGUGCUGGAAGCUGAGUUUCUCCUACCUGACCUGCUGAAGAAUACUGCUGUCUCUUCUUCCAUGGCCUUUAACGGUGAAGAGCGGGUGUCCUCCCCACUGCCUGAUGAAAAAACAUCCGAGGCCCCCUCUUGUUCCUCCUUUAACCUCACUGCACCCCCCUCCCUCAGCCCCCCCAACAGAAACAAACAUCCCCCUGCUGCCGACCUGGCCGUAGCGAACGACAGUAGCAGCAAAAAGAAACCCUGCCAGAAGAAGAAGAAGAAGAGGAAGGGUUUGGCGGAGAUCUUUGGUCAUAUAGCUGCAAGUCCCACAGAGUCAAUAAGCAUCCUAGACUUGGCCAACCAAAUGCCUGCUGCUGCAGCUGAUCCACUGAAAGAAGAAGAUCCCAAGGACUCUCCAUACGCAGACCUGGAUUCUGUACCAACCAUUGUGCGUCCCAAACGGUCUGAGAAACCUGCUAAAGAAGACACAGAGAAACCGUCUGAACCCUCACAAGAGGUAGAGAAAGGGGGCAAGAAGGAGCGGGCUACUCCUCCUGAAAAGACCAAAGACAGGCAUGUGGUCAUGGUGGUUCCUAGGCAUGUAGUUCCUAUAUCCUCAUCUCCAAGCAUUUUAGCAAACAAAUCUCUUUUAAAUUACAGAACUACAAAAAACACAAAUGUUUUACAGUCAAAACAGAAGUUGGGCAGCUCUUCUGAACUGACGAAUAAAAAUGAUCAUGAUAAGCAGUCUCUGCAUCUCCCUGCCAGCAGACGUCUGAUGACCAGGGCCCUGAAAGCAGAGAAGGAGACGGAACUCAAAGAGGCUCUGCUGGCCUCAAGCCAAAACUUGAGAGACGAUAGGCUUAAUGUGCAUUCUUCUGAUGAUGAUGAUGAUGAUGAUGAUGAUGUGAGCGAUAACGUUCAGAUCAGAACAGAGUCGUCUACUAGCAGGGAUUCUUCACCAGACAAAGCCAGAUCCUCUGCUAGUCACAGCUCUCCUAAAAAACAGCCCGAGUCUGAUUGGAAGCACCUCCACAACGGAUCAUGGAAAAACUCUGAAGAUGUGACUCCAGGGUCCAGUAAGCCUGUCAUACCCUCUAUUAAUGUCAAGGAAGAGAACAUUGUCUCAGACAUAUCCUCCUGUUCUUCCUCCACCUCCUCUCUCUCUCCCAUGGACACUUUCCAAGAUAUCAAGGAGCUGUCAUUCAAAUCCUUAGUGAAGGAGGAGAGAGACUCUGGGGACUCUAACACUAACUUUAAACCUGAGCCUAAUUACAAGUUCAGUACUUUCCUGAUGCUCCUGAAGGACAUGCAUGAUACCAGGGAGAAAGAGGGCAAGCCCCUGACCAUGCCUCCCUUGCCAGACCUCAUCAAGGAAGAACCCAUGGUAAUACCCACCGCCCAACCACCAGACAACCCCCUUAACGCUGCUGCUGGCGGGGACUGGACACCAACGGGGACCAAAAUCCAAAACGGCCAGCAUGCGAGCUCGCCAAUAACCAAGAGAACACCGGCCAAACCCAAGUCUAAAAAUAAACCCAUCAUAAAAAACGACACAUACAAACUUGAAGGGAAAACGGUGCUGGCUCAGAUGGUGGCGAACGCAGUAGAGAAGCAGCAACGGAGGAAGCCGAGGCCUCCAGCCAAACUCCGGGCCACCAUCGCUGGUCUCUCUCCCGAGAUGGCCGACCUAGCCUGGGGGAGGGAGUUUGUCUCUGGGCACGCUGACCUGGCUGAACCUGGCCUCGGCCCUCCUCUUCCUCCUGUCCCCUCCGCUGUUGACUCCUCAUCCUACCUCGACAAGAGCCCGGGUACCAAAGUGGCCCCUAAGAAGCGCUGGCAGACGUUUGCUCAGCAGGGGCCGGUGAAGCCAGGGAAGGAUCCAGGGGACCUGGGUGGGGUGGCCUCACCGCAGGGGCCUGUGGAGGUGAAUGGGAUCUACAGAGAUGGCCAGGGAGGGACACCAGACCGCAUCAGGUCCCAUGAUCUGAACCUGGGGAUGGAGAAGCAAGAUGACACAUCAGCACAUUCUGAAAACAAACGGCUGAGGAAACCCAGCAAAAGACUGCUGGAAUCUACAGAGGAGGAACAAUUCUUCUCCCCGAAGAAAAAACUAAAGAAACCUCUGGAAUCUUCCAAAACUCCUCUGAGCCCUUCCACAGUUCCAGGCCCAGCCCUGCUAACAUCCACCUCUACUCCCAGCCCCACCCCCACCCCUGGGCCUACCUCUGGGGAGCCAGCCAGCCCCACCCCUGGGCCUACCUCUGGGGAGCCAGCCAGCCCCACCCCUGGGCCUACCUCUGGGGAGCCAGCUAGUCCCACCCCUGGCCCUACCUCUGGGGAGCCAGCCAGCCCCACCCCUGGGCCUACCUCUGGGGAGCCAGCGAUCACCACCCUUGGAUCUACCUCUGGAGAGCCAACCAUCACGACCCCUGACCCUAACUCUGGAGAGCUAGCCAGCACCAAGGCCCUAGCAGGGCUGAAACAGAGUCUGUCUCAAGAUGUCCUCCACCGUGUUAUAAAAUCAUUAUCCAAACAAUCCUCAGCAGUGACCUCUUUCUCUACUGAAUCAACAUCAUCAGAUGUGACAAACCCUCCUCUGCCCUCUGCCCCAGUAUCCCUGGAGAGGAAGAGGCCAAGGAAGCCAUCUCACAAGGUCCUGGAAUGCACCAUAGAAGAAGUGUCACUCAGUCCUCCAAAGAAGAAGGAGUUGAAGAAGCAGAGUGGACAGACAGAGGAGAAGACAGAAGUCGGGGACACUCAGGUAAAGUCUGUGAAGAAAGAAGUGCCUGUAUCCAGCGUGACACCUCCAGAGAGCAUGGUUUCUCUGCAGGGCUCCUCUCCUGCCCGGCCCUCUAGCCCUACGGUGCUCCUCACCCCCAAGGAAGAGACCGAGAAGAUCAGUCCUGGGGUGGGAGGAGAGAGCCACACCAACGGAGAGAGAUCACCCAAACCUGAGGUGUUCUCUCCUGGUCUGAAUGACAGUUUCUCCCUACCUGGUGAAGGGUCCCUGGUCUCCAGCACUAAGAAGAACACAGCAGAGAAAGGAGGAGCUGCGUCCAUGAAGGAGAAUGUCUGUCAGGUGUGUGAGAGGACAGGUGAGCUGCUGCUGUGUGAGGGCCAGUGCUGUGGGGCGUUCCACCUGCAGUGUAUCAGCCUAUCAGAAGCCCCCAGAGGGAAGUUUAUCUGUAGUGAAUGCACUAUAGGGAUCCACACGUGCUUUGUGUGUAAGAAGUCUGGCGACGGUGUGAAGAGGUGCAUGGUGCCUGUGUGUGGGAAGUUCUACCACGACGAGUGCAUCCUGAAACACACACCCACCCAGCCCCAGAAUAAAGGGGUUCGCUGCUCCCUCCACGUCUGUCUGUCCUGCCACAUCACCAACCCCCUCAACUCCUGCACUUCUAAAAGUCGUCUGACCCGCUGCGUGCGUUGCCCUGUGGCGUACCACGCUAAUGACUACUGUAUGGCGGCGGGCAGCGUAGUCCUGGCCAACAACAGCUUCCUGUGUCCCAACCACUUCAUUCCCCGCAAGAACUACAAGAACCAUGAACACAUCAACGUCAGCUGGUGCUUUGUCUGCUCAGAAGGGGGCAGUCUGUUGUGCUGCGAGUCUUGUCCUGCUGCCUUCCACCAAGAGUGUCUGAACAUCGAGAUGCCCGAGGGGAGCUGGUUCUGCAACGACUGCAAGGCCGGGAAGAAACCACACUUCAAGGACAUCCUCUGGGUUAAAGUGGGAAGAUACAAGUGGUGGCCUGCGGAGGUGUGUCUUCCUAAGAACGUCCCAGAGAACAUCCUCCGUAUGAAACACGAGGUGGGGGAGUUCCCCGUUCAGUUCUUUGGUUCUAAGGACUAUGCCUGGACCUACCAGGCCCGAGUCUUCCCUUACAUGGAGGGAGAUGCCAACAACAAGGACAAGAUGGGGAAGGGUUGUGACGCCAUCUACAAGAAAGCUCUGAAUGAAGCUGCUGAGCGGUUCAAAGCUCUUCAGGAUGAGAAGGAGAUGAGACAGCUUCAGGAGGACAGGAGGAACGACAAGAAACCUCCUCCCUACAGACACAUCAAGGUGAACCGACCAAUCGGCAAGGUCCAGAUCAUCACGGCGGACCUAUCGGAGGUGCCGCGCUGUAACUGCAAGGCGUCUGAUGAGAACCCAUGUGGCAUGGACUCAGAGUGUAUCAACCGCAUGUUGAUGUAUGAGUGCCACCCUCAGGUGUGUUUGGCAGGGGAGAGGUGUCUGAACCAGAGUUACACCAAGAGACAGUACACCCAGGUGGAGAUCUUCAGAACCUUGUCACGAGGCUGGGGGCUACGGGGCGUCUCCGACAUCAAGAAGGGUGCAUUUGUGAAUGAGUACGUGGGGGAGGUGAUAGACGAGGAGGAGUGCAGAGCCAGGAUCAAACAUGCUCAAGAGAACGACAUCUGUAACUUCUACAUGCUCACUCUGGACAAGGACCGGAUUAUAGAUGCUGGACCCAAGGGGAACCAGGCAAGGUUCAUGAAUCACUGCUGCCAGCCCAACUGUGAGACCCAGAAGUGGACGGUAAACGGAGACACCAGGGUGGGGCUCUUUGCCCUGGAGGACAUCCCCAAAGGUGUGGAGUUGACCUUCAACUACAACCUGGAGUGUCUUGGUAACGGGAAGACAGUAUGUAAAUGUGGAGCGUCCAACUGCUCUGGGUUCCUGGGGGUUCGACCGAAGAACCAGCCAUCUAAAGCACGGGAAGGAAGGGAACUAAAAGAGGGCAAGAAGAAGGUUCUGGUGAAGAGGAAGCCUCAGCAGGAGGUGACGAAGGAGAGGGAGGACGAGUGUUUCAGCUGUGGGGACGGAGGACAGAUCGUGUCCUGUAAGAAGACAGGAUGUCCCAAGGUCUACCACGCAGACUGUCUCAACCUGGCCAAGAGACCUGCAGGCCGUUGGGAGUGCCCCUGGCACCAGUGUGACAUCUGCGGUCAUGAGGCAGCCUCCUUCUGUGAGAUGUGUCCCAGCUCCUUCUGCACGCAGCACCGUGAGGGCUUGCUCUUCAUCUCUAAGAUAGACGGGCGGCUCGCCUGCAACGAUCACGACCCCUGUGGACCCGAGCCCCUUGAACCAGGGGAGAUCAGGGAGUAUGUACCUCCUGGGGGCAUGCCUGUCCCCCACCUCCUCACCCACCCCCAGGGUCAGGUCCCACCCAGGCCUGGUUCCACCACUGCUGGUUCUAUCCCCUCCACAGUUGCCCCAGGCCUGGCCCAGGACUCGCUACUGCCCCCUACAGGGAGCCUGUUCCUCAACACCUCCCAGACCUCCAACACUUUCUCAUACGGACCCCCUAGCAGUCCCUACAUGUCUGAUAGUCAAAUACUGCACUUCUCCCCUCCUUCUCCCCCCUCCUCCUACAAAGACGAGAAAGAGGAGGAGGAUGGAGAGCUGGAAGACGGACAGGUGGGUGGGAUAGAAGAGGACGCGGAGGAGGAAGAAGAGGAAGAAGAGGAGGAUGAGGAAGGUGAGGACGAGGAGGAAGAAGAGGCAAUGGAGGUAUUUGAGGAGGAGGAGGAGGAAGAAGAUGAGCAGUAUGAGGGCGGACUAGGAGAAGAGGAGGAGGAAGGGGGAGAUGUGUAUGAUACCUGGGGGGACUACAUGGAGGAGGAGCCAGACGAUGAGGGGGAGGUAGAGGGAGAGGAGGAGGAGUGGGGGAGGGUGGAGGACGAAGAGAAAUGAACUCCGUUUUCAUCCCUCCCCCUUGUCUUCCAUUCCUUCUUAGAUCUAUCCAUCUCUACGAAAAUACUGUUUCUAGCUCUCAUCUCACUAGAGUGACAUUCAGAUGGACAGACAAUGAGAGACAGAGAGAGAGAGAUUGUCCUGGUGGUACCAAGUGAAUUGCGAAGCUGCCUUUGUGUUCAUACUGCAUAGCCUUCCUAUCUCCAGCACAGCACAGCAUAGCACAGUGUGGACUGGACUGGACUAACGUUGUGUAAGGGAUAGGAAGUGGUGCUAAUGGGCUGGGAGGACUGCUCUGGUCAGCCUCUGGUCCUUCUGUUGAUAUGUUAUUAGUGUCUGCUCUGGUCGGCCUCUGGUCCUUCUGUUGAUAUGUUAUUAGUGUCUGCUCUGGUCGGCCUCUGGUCCUUCUGUUGAUAUGUUAUUAGUGUCUGCUCUGGUCGGCCUCUGGUCCUUCUGUUGAUAUGUUAUUAGUGUCUGCUCUGGUCGGCCUCUGGUCCUUCUGUUGAUAUGUGAUUUAGUGUCUGGUGCUGUUUUUCUUCCUCUCAAAAAAGUUGUUUACAUUUUUGUUCUUGCUUUUUUUUUUUUUUUUACAAUUGGAAAACAAAACAGGAUGGGCAACCUCACUCAGCCACACCCUGCCUAGACCGGCCAUGUUGCUAAAUACAAAAUUCAUGUUAUUCAGUCAUUUCAUCCACACUGCUUACACACGGCAACUAACCUCUUUGAUUCCUAACUCUAAAAUAGAACUUGGUUAUAUUUGAGACACUCGAUGCGCUCCAAGUCCCACAUCUCUCAUAUCCUUUUUGGUUUUCAUGAAGAUACAACCCAACAUGGUUGCUUGAAAGGAGAAACCUGGAGAUAUUAAUCAAAGACAGCUAGGUUUCCCUUUUUUUAUCUGUGGAUUAUUGGUUGGAAUGGAGCGACACACAGCUAACAAUGGGACCACAUGCAUGGGCUCCCGAGUGGUGCAGCGGUCUGAGGCACUGCAUCUCAGUGCAAGAGGCGUCACUACAGACACCCUGGUGCAGCGGUCUGAGGCACUGCAUCUCAGUGCAAGAGGCGUCACUACAGACACCCUGGUGCAGAGGUCUAAGGCACUGCAUCUCAGUGCUAGAGGCGUCACUACAGACACCCUGGUGCAGCGGUCUAAGGCACUGCAUCUCAGUGCUAGAGGCGUCACUACAGACACCCUGGUGCAGCGGUCUGAGGCACUGCAUCUCAGUGCAAGAGGCGUCACUACAGUCCCUGGUUCCAAUCCAGUCUGUAUCACAUCCAGCCGUGAUUGGGAGUCCCAUAGGGCGGCGCACAAUUGGCCCAGCAUCGUCCGGGUUCGGCCGGUGUAGGCCAUCAUUGUAAAUAAGAAUUUGUUCUUAAUUGACUUGCCUAGUUAAAUAAAGGUUUCAUUUUCUUUUUCUUUUUUACAAAAUGAUCAGGUAAAAUAACAACCCACUGUUCAUCUCCCAGGACAAACCGCUAACAACAGCUAUCUAGCUUAUUGUCCAUGACUGUUCAUCUCCCAGGACAAACCGCUAACAGCUAUCUAGCUUAUUGUCCAUGAAUGUUUCGUGUGUGUUUCAACCUGGCCCCAAAUGAAUAUAGUUGGAUCACAGUUGGUUUUGUUAUUUUAACCUGUGUGUCAUGGCGUCUAGUUCGAAUAGACAAAAUCAACACGCGCAGGGUCAGUGUAGCCAUGGCGUUAGAUUUAGGAGCUCGACCAGUUAUCAAGAAUAAUCAACGAUAUGCUCUCAAUGAUCACUGAUUUUAAAAAGCCAUAACCAACUACUGGUUUGGACUUAUAACAUUGUUACAAAUCAACCCAAUGUUGAAAUCUAAAGUGUAUCUCUCGUGAACGGUGAAGAAAACCCCUUUUGUCUACUGCAAAAGAUUGUUUAUAAAAUCACAGAUUGUUUGUUCAUUACAUUAAGAUGUUUAUGGCUGGACAAACAGAAACAUUCCAAGAGUUCAGAACAUCACUCCUGUUAGUUGUGCGCACAUCAAUGUUUUGACCUUCAUUUAUGGCUUGUGUUACUGUUCCAUCCACAGAAUUAGAAGGAAAUGAAACACAUUCUAGUUCUAUGAUUCCAUCAUUAAAGGUCAUUCAACAGUCACAUCUGGCAGGAGAAUGUCUAUUGUCUGUUUGGGAGCUGACACAAUGUAUAUUUUGAGUGAAAGUGAUGUAUGUUUGAGUGCACGCACGUGUCUGCUGUUAUAGAAUCAAGCAAUACUAGUCAUGUAUUAACUCAUGGCCUAAAGAACAGUGCUUUUAGACUUUUUAAAGUAGAGUUUUAUACCUCUGAAUUGAGUGUUGUGGUGCUGUAAACAUUUGAACAAAAAACCCUUAGUAUAGACUCUUCAUCGUCUGGCUGGAAGGCUGGUUGCUUGCAUCACUAAAAGUCAGUUAACUGAAGAGCCAAGCAGAAUGUCUCAUGUUCUCUGUCAUAACUAAUGUUGAUUCAUCGGGCAGCUUUUCCAACAGGGUGGUUUAUCCAUCACUCUGAAGCUGUGACGUGUCCUGAAACCUCUGUACAUUUUAGAAAGGUUGUUCUGAGACCUUCAGUUCAUAACUUUUGUGUAAUGUUCUGCUGUAUAUGUUCUGCAUUCAAACAUGUAGCAGCACACUUCCAACGCACAAAACACACGGGUCCAUUUUAUUUGGUUGCUGGUAAUGUUAAAUUCCAUGAAAUAACAAUCCUUCCCAUGAGUCUCAUCCAACGUUUUUGAAAUAAGAACAAUUUGCUACAUUUUCAUGAAUUUUAGAAUUGGUUAAAUUGAUGUUUAGAAUUAGAAUGUCAACUAUGAGAAUCACUGGACAAUUGGCCUUACAAUAUAUAAUAUUCAGCCUUUUAAAACAAUCAACUGGGUCCAACACAUAUCAACUAAAUGAGAAAAUGAUGUACUGAAUUCCCAAACAGAAGCACUACCAUUUUUACAUGGCUUGCCCAUCAAUGUGUCAACACCAAAUCUUUCUGCCUCACCCUUGACCAUCUGAGGCAGAUAAAUAGAUGGUUUUUUUGUUGGCUAGUUUUGUAUUUCUCAAACCAAUAUUAUCUUUUUUUCUAAUGUUUUUAUUUUUUUUCCAUUGUGUGUUUUGUGAUGAUGUUUAUGCCAACAGGUCUACUUCGAAGAGUUCUCUGGCCCCUCCUGUUUUUUUUUAGAGAACUGAAACACAACCAUAGAUUUUCUGAAGAAACGGGGGAUAUGUUUAUUGAUGCCAUAUAGAGAAGACUCAUGAAAUGAACUGAACUGUACUGUACUCCUUUGUGUAUAAUAAAUAUUAUAAGUAAAGUUUUACAAUAGAAAA